AUGAUCCCACAUGAUGCCCAUGUUUCUCAGCAUUUCAGCCUUUGGGACCCCAUGGAUCAGGGAAUAGCAAAUUCUCUCAUCCUGGCUUAUGCAAGCAUUGAAAAAAACGGUGAAUUUUUCAUGUCUCCCAAUGACUUUGUCACUCGAUAUUUGAACAUUUUUGGAGAAAGGCAGCCUAAUCCAAAGACUGUGGAACUUUUAAGUGGCGUGGUGGAUCAGACUAAAGAUGGAUUAAUAUCCUUUCAAGAAUUUGUAGCAUUUGAAUCUGUCCUGUGUGCCCCGGAUGCUUUGUUUAUGGUGGCCUUUCAGCUGUUCGACAAAGCUGGAAAAGGAGAAGUUACUUUUGAGGAUGCUAAGCAAGUUUUUGAACAGACAACAAUUCAUCAACAUAUUCCAUUUAACUGGGAUUCAGAAUUUGUGCAACUACAUUUUGGAAAAGAAAGAAAAAGACACUUGACAUAUGCGGAAUUCACUCAGUUCUUACUGGAAAUACAAUUGGAGCAUGCAAAGCAAGCCUUUGUGCAACGGGACAAUGCCAGGACCGGAAGAGUCACAGCCAUUGACUUCCGAGACAUCAUGGUCACCAUCCGCCCCCAUGUCUUGACACCUUUUGUAGAAGAAUGUCUAGUAGCUGCUGCUGGAGGUACCACAUCCCAUCAAGUUAGUUUCUCCUAUUUUAAUGGAUUUAAUUCGCUCCUUAACAACAUGGAACUCAUUAGAAAGAUCUACAGCACUCUGGCUGGCAACAGGAAAGAUGUAGAGGUGACUAAGGAGGAGUUUGUUCUGGCAGCUCAGAGAUUUGGUCAAGUUACACCCAUGGAAGUUGACAUCUUGUUUCAGUUAGCAGAUUUAUAUGAGCCAAGGGGACGUAUGACAUUAGCAGACAUUGAGCGAAUCGCUCCUCUGGAAGAGGGAACUCUGCCCUUUCACUUGGCUGAGGCCCAGAGGCAGAAAGCCUCAGGUGAUUCAGCUCGGCCAGUUCUCCUGCAAGUUGCAGAGUCAGCCUACAGGUUUGGUCUGGGUUCUGUUGCUGGAGCUGUUGGAGCCACUGCCGUAUAUCCUAUUGAUCUUGUAAAAACUCGAAUGCAAAACCAACGAUCAACUGGCUCUUUUGUGGGAGAACUCAUGUAUAAAAACAGCUUUGACUGUUUUAAGAAAGUACUACGUUAUGAAGGCUUCUUUGGAUUGUAUAGAGGUCUGUUGCCACAGUUAUUGGGAGUCGCCCCUGAGAAGGCCAUAAAACUUACAGUGAAUGAUUUUGUGAGGGAUAAAUUUAUGCACAAUGAUGGUUCGGUCCCACUUGCAGCAGAAAUCCUUGCUGGAGGCUGUGCAGGAGGCUCCCAGGUGAUUUUCACAAAUCCUUUAGAAAUUGUCAAGAUCCGUUUGCAAGUGGCUGGAGAAAUCACCACUGGUCCUCGAGUCAGCGCUCUGUCUGUCGUGCGGGACCUGGGUUUCUUUGGGAUCUAUAAGGGCGCCAAAGCAUGCUUUCUGCGGGACAUUCCUUUCUCAGCCAUCUACUUCCCGUGCUAUGCUCAUGUGAAGGCUUCCUUGGCAAAUGAAGACGGGCAAGUUGGCCCAGGAAGCCUCCUCUUAGCUGGUGCCAUAGCUGGUAUGCCUGCGGCAUCUUUAGUGACCCCUGCUGAUGUUAUCAAGACGAGAUUACAGGUGGCUGCCCGGGCUGGCCAGACCACUUACAGCGGAGUGAUAGACUGCUUUAAAAAGAUCCUGCGGGAAGAAGGCCCGAAAGCUUUGUGGAAAGGAGCUGGUGCUCGUGUAUUUCGAUCCUCACCCCAAUUUGGUGUAACUUUGCUGACUUAUGAAUUGCUACAGCAGUGGUUCUACAUUGAUUUUGGAGGAGUAAAACCCAUGGGAUCAGAGCCAGUUUCUAAAUCCAGGAUCACAUUGCCUGCUCCGAAUCCUGAUCAUGUUGGGGGCUACAAGCUGGCAGUUGCCACAUUUGCAGGCAUUGAAAACAAAUUUGGACUUUACCUACCUCUCUUCAAGCCAUCGGCAUCUACCUCAAAAGUUGUCAGUGGAGGCCCGUAGCAGGACUGACCCCAGGAUAUUGGUGUCCAUUUGUUGGUACUGCGGUGAAGAAUGAAUGCCCCAUCUCGGAGUGAAGCAAUGCUUCAUUCCUUUUACAUCCUUUUGUUUAAAUUCAAGUCAAGGCUUUUUGUAAAGUACAGUCAUUCAUUUUCUGUGUGCUAUCUUAUGCAUAAUUAUUCCUUGGGCCUCUAUUCCACAAACUUUUCUGCAUACCUGACAUUUGCUGGGAUUUGGUCAACACUAAUGUGAUUUGGUGGAAGGAACAAGUCUGAAUAGAUAUUAGGGCCCCCCUGCUUGGACUAGGAUCAUAGUCCCAUAGAGGCUACUAAAAGGCAAUCAUGUGCUUGGAGCAAAGUGUUUCAUGUGUGUUUAAACUGGUAGGAAACCGGGUACAUAUUUAUAAAAAUAAAAAACACUGGAAGAAAUGAAAAAAAAAUUAUCAGAAAUAGCCAGCCUGGCUUCAAAUUUUAAACAUGCACAAAUUCUGUCUCUGGAUUAUAUUAUGAAGCUUUUAUGUGAAACAUGUUUUUUUAUAAUGAAAACCACAUUGGAGAUGUUUAGUAAUCAUAUUUUGUUACUGGUACCAAGACUACUAGGGAAAAGUCUUUGCACUUUAGGGAAGUGCUUUUGGCAUUUUAUUAUAUAGACAGAGAAACUGAGACACAACCCCUCUCCAGGAAGUGCUAAUUUCGGAUUGCUGCUCAUGAUAUACAUGUGCUGAUUACUGCCUGUUUCAAUAAACGCUGUAGAAAAACGCAUGCCCCUGUUGCUGCUGCCUGCCCUAAUCGCCUCCCCCAUCACCCUGUGAUGGGUGACCAUUCGCUUUUAGAAUUCACUUUAUUUUGAAUCAUGUAAAACAAGUAUAUUCUAAUAUGUUUUUAUUUAAUUUGUGGUGCCUUGUAUAAUGGUCAGAGGCUCUUGUGUUUGUGAAGGUGGAAAUAAACUUUUUAACGCUA